AUGCAGCAGCCUGAGUCCUAUCCGUACUGGCACAUGGCCCGCGUGAUGCCCAGCGUGAUCAUGGGCUUCUGUUGCAUGGUGGGAAUUCCUGGGAAUGUGGUGGUUCUGAUUGUCGUGGGGCGGAAAUUUGAGAGUGGGAACUUCAACAUGCGUCUGAUGCUGAACCUGGCACUGUGUGACCUGAUGGUCUUGCUGUGCCUGCCUCUAGUGAUUAACAACCUUCUGAGGAACUGGGAUUUGGGCUCUGCCGCCUGCAAGCUGCUCUUCUUUCUGAACUAUUGCAGCCUGAAUGGUAGUGUGCUAACCAUCACCCUGCUGAGCGUGCAGCGCUAUGUCCAGGUGCUGUACCCCCACAGCUGGGCGCGGCUGGGCCGUAUGGGGGAAGAGGCACUCCUCCUGUCUCUGUGGGGGCUGGCAGGGUUCAUUGCCUCUCCCACCUUCUCUGUAUUUGACGUCAAGACAUACGACAACCGCCAAUUCUGCAGCUCGCACUACCAGAACCUCAGACAAGAAAUGGCCAUCCUACUUGUCCAAACGCUGCUGGGGUUUGUAGUUCCCUGCUGCAUCCUGGUGACGUCCUACUUCUACCUCCACAAGAGGGUGAGCCAGGCGGCCCUGUUCAGGCAGCGGAGGCUGACCAAGCUGGUCACCUGCAUCGUUGUGUCCUUCUUCUGCUUCUGGACUCCGCUGCACCUGUUCAACCUGCUGGCCCUGGUGAACUUGGCUGUGCAGAAUGAGGUUGUGGAGAAUGUGUGUGACUCAGCUUGGAGUAUCCUCAUGGGUUUCACCAUCAUCAACAGCUGCCUCAACCCUUUCCUGUAUGCCUUCGCCUCUUCAGGAAUCCCCAGGGCAAGCCCCCACCCCACCAGCACAUGA